AUGUCAUUAGCGGCAGCCAGGAUUGCCCCGGAUGGCACCGCGGGCGCGGGCCCAGUAACCCUGAAGGCCAGCGAUCACGCACCAUCCCCGCUGGAUCUCCCUGAAGAUGUGCAGUUCCAGCUUGGGCAGUUUAAGCACCUGCUGGGAGAGCUGCAGAAGGCUUUGCAGGCGGCGGCGGCACAGGCGCCGAGUCCGGCAGACAUAGCAGCCAUUCCGGAACCCCUGGAUCGGGCGCGGCUCUGCAUGUGCAUCGCCAAGGCGGUCAACUCGCUUCACCACGUAUAUCUCAGGGCCUACGGACGGGACCCCUUCGCGCCCGCCACUGCCGGCGGUGUUGCGGUGGGCCGCCAGGAGCUCGACCGGAUACGGCAGUACGACAAGAAGCUAGCGCGUGCAGUACACGACGCCGACUUGCGUGCAUCCCGACCAGUCCUGAGCUUGGAUGUGGCGGCUGCAUCGCGGUUCAUCGACGCGGCCAUUCCGGACCUGUCUGAGCAGCAGCGGAGGGACCUGAAGCGGGCGGCGCAGGCUGCUGAGGCCAAGCGAGGCGGCCCGGAUCACAGAAAGGGCAAGAAGCCCCGGCCUCAGGAGGCCUUAGUCCAGGAUCUGGACCAGGAGCGGAUAGCCGCACUCCAGCAGCGGCAGCAGGAGGAUGGAGACGAGGGACAGGGACAGGAUUUGGUAGCAGAGGGCGCAGAGGAGCAGGCGGAGGCGAAGGACGCGGCUGGUAAAGCUCGCUCUAGCAACGGCAGCCGUUCACGAAUGACCGGCCCUAUUUACCUACAAAAUUACGCUAACAGAUUUUCAAAAUACUUCACCAUCAAGGAAAUCGUCUCCUGCUAG